CUUAAUGGUAAAACCACUGUAUUAUUUCAAAUAUCCCAUAAACUCUUAUCUUUGGAGGGAAAUCCCUCCCUCAGGCUCUUGGCAGGGCACUUUCUCCCAGAAAGAAAGGGCAUUGGAGGGUCGACCUCAGCGGGGAAAGCAUUUCCACACAGCUAUCCGUUUGUCCCGCUCGCGCUCGCUAUUGACACGAACGUGAUAUACAGCGCAGAUAUGCGGUGCACACAUGUCCGACAUAUCGCGCACCGCACAUGUGAAAUGCGUCGGGAAAAGGCCAGAGAGAGUUGUGAAAUUCCGUGACAUGGCACUCCGGCACUCCGGCACUCUGGUGCUGCCCAUGCCCGUGCCCCAGCAGCAGUGCCAUUACCAGUGCCACGACCAGUGCCAGUUGCGUAGAGCACCCGCUGCCCACUGCCCACUGCCCACCGCCCACCGCCCAGAACUAGAGGCGAGGCGAGCCGAUAGACGAUGUCCGGCAGCGACCAGAUGAUUGCCGUGCUUGUGUGCUCUGUAUAUGGGUAGUCCGCAGCCCGCCGCUCGAGCACAUUCACCAAUUGCCGGCGAUGGCAGACGGACGCACAGUGGCGAACGGCGGCGGAGGAGGCGACGCAGGAGGAGCACCAUCGACGGCCACAUCCAGCAGGUACGCGAUCCUCGACUGCGACGGCGGCAGCGACGACGCCUGGGCCCUGCUCCUGCUGCUCCACGCGGCCGAGAGCCAUGGCAUCCAGCUCCUGGCCAUCACCACCAUGGGCUGCGGCAACACCAGUCGGGAGAACGCGGCCCGCAACAUGCGACGCAUUCUGGAUGCCUGCAAGCGCACAGACGUGCCCAUCUACCUGGGCGCCGUGGACCCCCUGAUUCCCACCGAGGAGGACGAGAAGAAGUAUUUCCAUGGUCGCGACGGCUUCGGCGACUGUCUGACGGACGACUGCGGUCCGCUGGAGGACAUCGUGCGGCCGGAGCACGCGGUGACCGCCAUCCACGACCUGUGCCGCGCCAGACCCAAACAGAUCACCGUCUUCGCCGUGGGCCCCCUGACCAACCUGGCCCUGGGCUAUACCAUGUACGGCGCGGAGUUCGGGGAGAACUUCCGGGACCUGUUCAUCAUGGGCGGCAACUACCAGGGCGUGGGCAACUCCUCGCGCGCGGCGGAGUUCAACUUCCACUCGGACCCGGAGGCGGCCCACACGGUGCUGCUGAAGACCCGCUGUCACAUCACCAUCCUCCCCUGGGAGCCCUGUCGCCCGGAUAGAUUCAACAUACCCAUUAACUGGCGCCUCAAGGAGUUCGCCGCCCGGGCCAAGGAGGCCGGGCACCCGGCGAUCACCCUGCUGAACCAGGUGGAGGCCGCCCAGUGGCUGCCGAUGAUCGAGCAGUAUGGGAUCGACAUGUGGAACCCCUGCGACGCCAUCGUGGUGGCCGCCUGGCUCUUCGGCGACCGCCUGAUCCGGCGGCACAGCACCUGGCACGCGACCGUGGACCUGCGGGGCACCCACACCCGGGGCCAGAUGGUGCUCGACCACCUGCGGGAGCGCGAGAAGUACCCGGAGAACGUGCGCCUCAUCGAGCUGGUGGACGUGGAGUUCUUCAGGCGCAUCUGCGAGUGGGUCGCCGGCCUGGACGAGGGCGCCCUGCUCCGCGACACUCAAUAAACCCGUAUCUGUAGUGAA